AUGGGAGGAUUGGGUAAGACAACUCUUGCCCAACUAGUCUAUAAUGAUGAUGAUGUGAGCCGUUAUUUUGACUUGAAAGCAUGGGCUUGUGUUUCUGAAGAUUUUGACAUUGUAAGGGUAACAAAAGCCAUUCUACAAUCUGUCACUUCUAACCACUACGAAACUGAUGAUUUAAACAUAAUUCAAGUCAAAUUGAAGGAGAAAUUAUAUGACAAGAAGUUUUUGCUCACUCUGGGUGAUGUUUGGAAUGAAGACUAUGAUGAUUGGACUAAACUACGUUGUCCGUUUGAAUUUGGGGCUCUAGGAAGUAAGAUCAUUGUCACCACUCGGAAUUACAGUGUUUCAUCAACAAUGGGAACUACUCCGGCUUACGAGUUGGAAGGGUUAUCAAAAGAUGCUUGUUGGCAUCUAUUUAAACAACAUGCAUUGGGGGCAACAGAUUUUACAGCGCAUCCAGAACUUGAAGAAAUUGGUAGAGAAAUUUUAAACAGAUGCAAGGGGUCACCUUUGGCAGCAAAAGUACUGGGAGGCGCUUUACGCACUAAACGAAGUCCUAUUGAAUGGAAAAAUGUAUUAAAUAAUUAUGAAUUUGAAAAGAAUGAGCUUGUCUUGUUAUGGAUGGCAGAAGGUUUGGUUCAAGAAACAGAAAGAAACAAGCCGAUUGAAGAUCUUGGUGCUGAGUAUUUUCAUGAUCUAGUCAUGAGAUCAUUCUUUCAACAGUCAAGCAAUAAUGAAUCACUCUUUGUCAUGCAUGAUCUUAUCAAUGAUCUAGCUCAAUGGGCAGCAAAAGGCUUAUGCUAUAGAUUGGAAGAUACUCUCAGCAGUAACAAGCAAUCCAAGAUUUCUGCAAAGGUAAGACAUUUCUCUUACAUUCCAUGUCAGUUUGAUGGCAUCAAGAAGUUUGAAGACUUCCCCAAAGAUAUGCAUCUACGAACCUUUCUACCCCUACCAAGAAAUAACAUGUGCCACUUAACAAACUAUGUUCCUAAUUGUUUGCUACCACAAUUAAGCUACUUAAGGGUAAUGUCUUUAUGUGGUUAUGAAAUCAUUGAGCUACCAGGUUCAAUCGGUGAUCUGAAACAUUUAAGAUACCUCAACCUUUCUCAUACUUCAAUUAGAAGUUUACCAGAAUCAACAAGUUUUCUAUAUAAUUUGCAAACAUUGAUGUUGAAAGGUUGUCACAAACUUACAAAGUUGCCGGAGAAAAUUAGGGAUCUAGUUAAUCUUCGGUAUCUCGACAUUACAGAUACCAAUUUAAUUAGAGAAAUGCCAAUGGGAAUAGAAAAAUUAAAGAACUUACAUACACUAUCUAAUUUUGUUGUGGGGAAAGAUAGUGGGUCCAAGAUAGGAGACUUGAUGAACUUGGAGUUUCUUCGGGGAAGACUUUGCAUUUCGAGUUUAGAGAAUGUUCUUGAUGUUGAGGAUGCAAGAAGGGUCAAUUUAAAUGGUAAGAAGAAUUUAGAUGCACUAGUGAUCAAAUGGGGGUUUGCACCUAAAGAUUUACAAUAUGAAAGCAUUGCAAUAGAUAUUCUUGACAUGCUACGACCUUGGACAACGAUGAAAGAACUUUCAAUUGAUGGCUAUAUUGGUGUGAAAUUCCCAACAUGGAUAGGAGAUCAUUCCUUUUCUAAUAUUGUGGACUUAAAGAUUGUUAGAUGUGAAAAAUGCACGUCCUUACUUGCUAUUGGACAUCUAUUCUCCCUCAAAUUCCUUAUCAUUAUGAGUAUGUCUAAGGUGCAAACCAUUGGUCCUGAGUUUUAUGGGAAAGGUUGCUUGACACCUUUUCGAUUCUUAGAAAAACUUCACUUUGAGGAUAUGCAAGAAUGGCAAGAUUGGAUUCCUUGUGGAGUUGAGUACGGAGAUUUCCCUUGCUUGCGUGAGCUUUUUAUCUCUCAAUGUCCCAAAUUGCAAGGAAAAUUGCCAAACCAUCUCCCAUCAUUGGAAAACUUUUCUAUUAAAUAUUGUGAGCAGUUGGUUGUAUCAAUUCCAAGCCUUCCAAUUUCCAAGAAUUAG